CCUCCAUUUGCACCUAAAGAGUUGAAAAUGCUGUGGAAAAAAAAUCGGAGAGAGUGAUUGAAAGGCUUUCUAUAUAAAGAUCGCACCUUCACAAACCCUCCCAGCUCCACUAUAGGCUAGUGAUACACAGCAACACUAUCCCGUCUUUAGCCAUGGCUCCCUCUCCAAGACUCAUUUCCUUUCUCUUUCUCUUAACCAUUUUUUCUAAGCAAAUUCAUGCUAGAGAGAGCCAGUUCUUUAGCAAAGUCGGUGCCACCACCGCUACUCCCUCCACUACCACCAUCAACAACAAUAAUGUUCAAGAUAAAACACUCCCCAACAAAGAAGAAGAAAGCUUUAACAAGCAAGAACUAGAUCCAGCCUUUAUCCCAGACACCCAAAAUGGCUAUGGUCUAUAUGGUCAAGAAUCCUCCCAGUUCCCCACCACUACUAAACUAACAAAUGCACCCUACACCACAACCACUUACCAGCCAUACAAAACCCAGACCCAAACCCAAGAAACCUACACCAAUUAUCCAACUGACUCCACCACCACCACCACCACCAAUAACCACUACAACAACAAUGCUUAUGAGGAGCAGCAACAAAACUUUGGUGAAACAAGCCUUCAAGAAAGUGAAUACACCAACAUGGGGAACCAGAACAGCAACAAGUACUACAACGGUGCCAAUAGCAACAACAACAACAAGUACUACAACGGUGCCAAAAGCUACAACAAUGAUGAGAAGCAAGGCAUGAGUGACACAAGGUACUUGGAACAUGGAAAGUACUACUAUGACGUCAAUAAUGAGAACAGUAACUACUACCCAAAUCAGUACCAGCAGAACUCAAGAAACAACUACAAUACCAGAGGUUAUUACAACAACAACAACAACAACUACAAUACCAGAGGUUAUUACAACAACAACAACAACGAGAACUCCAAGUACGAGUACAACAAUAACUCCAUGCAAAAGUACGACAACCAGGAUGAUUUCGAAGAGAGCCAGGAAGAGCAGUAUGUGCCAUGAUUUUAAUCUAUAUGGUCAAGUAAAGAGAGUGAGGUCUCUGUUGAAUUACAGUGGGUGGUGUUACUAUAGAUUGAAUUAUGUUUAGUGGGGAAAAAAACUACAUAAAUUUAUUUGUUGCGGUCUUCGAUCUUUGUGUGUGAUCUUGUUUUAUUGUUAUCAUAGUCUUUCAUCCUUCCAAAAGCUAAGGUAUGAGAGUUUGUUUUUAUUUUUAUUUUUAUUUUCUUACGAGCAAUAUUGAUCCAAUAAAGUGUAUAUUCUACUUAUAAUAACUAAGGAGAUAAUGCUUUCGUGCAGUUCCUUUAA